GAACACCAGCGGCUGCAGCGGCGGAAGAGCCAGGCCAAGCGAAGGGCUCCGUCCCCGAAGGAGCCCGACCCGGAGCCCGACCCGGAGCCGGAACCAGAGCCGGAGCCGGAGCCGGAGCCGGAGGUGCCCGCUGUGCCAGACAGCGCCCCUGGGGCAGCCCCCGCGCCCCCCACCCCCGAGCCAAAGGCGGAGCCCUAUGCCGGCAGCCUGGCCGACCACGAGUACACGGCCCGGCCCAGCGUCUUCGGCAUGGCCCAGCUCAGCCGCGGCACCACCCCCAUGGCCCCCGGCGUCUUCCUGUCCCAGCGCCGCCCCUCCGCCGGCGCCCCCGGCACCCCGCCCGCUCAGGGAAAGCGCCCCAAGAAGGGCCUGGCCACGGCUAAGCAGCGGCUCGGCCGCAUCCUCAAGAUCCAUCGCAACGGGAAGCUGCUUCUCUGAGCCCCAUGGAGCCGGGGGGGGCAGCAUGGACCGCCGCCCCCCCCACCCCGUGACUGCACCCCCCCAUGGACCUGCACAGGGGAGGGGCUUGCCUGGCACCUCCACCGAUUGGCUGCUGUGUCCUGGUAGCCCUACCCCCAGCCCCCCAGUGCUCCUUCCCUCUUUGGGUCUGAUUGGUCUCUUCUGCCCCGUUGGGGGGGCUCUUCCGAGCCUGGAUUGAGUGGCCCCCCCACCAGCGGGGAUCCAGACUUCAGCCUGUUCCCCUGCCCCGAUUUUUGGGGUACCCCGGCCCCCCUUUCCCACGGUAGGACCGGCCCAGGGAGGGAGGUGGCUGGGGGACCCUGAGCCCAGACAGUGACCCCCCCGAUGGUGGGGCACACGGGGGCAGCGGGCAGGGGGCUGUGGUAGAGGGUCCCUGUUCUGCCCCCCAGUCUAGGGGUCCGGGGCUCCCCCAUGGCCGUGGGGGUUCAGGCCGGGCCGGAGCUCGCGCCAGACGUUUUAUAUCCAGGGUUAGAAUAAAAAUCUGUCGGUUCCA